CGGACUUGGCGAUAGAAAUCCCUCAGCGUCAGCCAUAGCCUCUGGAGAACCAGACUGGAAAGCCUUGAACAUUGGCUGUGGGCUAUUUGAUUCGGCCAUUCCAGCUCAGCAGAGAUAUCCGGCAUGGAUAUUGGGGUUACCGAGGAAGCCCGCUGCAACUCCGCUUACACGCCACGACCUCAAAUAUGAAUAUGUGCGCCGUACGAAUGGUUUAAGACGGAGGGAUGGGGGUCGAAUUCAAGACGGCCGUCUGCAGCGUGGCUUGAAUCCACUGCUUUUCUAAAGUACAACAACAGCUCCUGCUGUCAGAUUCUGGCGGCGUGAUACAGAAACGAUUUCAUCAUGGCGACUCAAUUCCCUUCUUCCUACUCUGCGUACGCGGACAAUAACCUGACGACGCUCAAGCUGUCGCACAAUCCGGCUUCAAGUCCCACCGUUACGCCGGUGGUUGUCCUGACUCUGUACCGGCCCAAGAACAACAAUGCCUUCACCAGAGUCAUGUCCGACGAGCUAGUUACGACGUUCGAGUUACUGGACAAGGAUCCACGGAUCAAGGCGAUUGUCAUCACGGGACACGGGCGCACCUUCUGCGCAGGCGCAGACCUCGAGCAAGGGUUCGGUAAGUUCGGCGUCGGAGGCGGCGGCGGCGGCGGCAGCGAGGAGCGCAAAGAUCUGUCGGGAGCGCUCGGUCACAUCCGCAAGCCGACCAUCGCGGCCAUCAACGGCGCCGCCGUUGGAAUUGGCAUCACGCUCACGCUGCCAUUCAGCAUUCGCGUUGCGUACAAGGACGCCAAAAUCGGCUUCAUCUUCGCAAAGCGAGGGCUCGUUCUUGAGGCUGGAAGCACGUUCUAUCUCCCGCGCAUGGUUGGCCUGAGCACGGCGACGUAUCUUGCUACGACUGGGGCGAUUCUCAAAGCGAACGAUCGGAGGCUGGAGGGCAUCAUCGCAGAGACCUUGGACACCCCCGAAGCAACGGUCAAGCGCGCCAUUGAGAUUGCCGAGGACGUGUCCCAGAACGUGUCCUUGGUCGCGGGAUACGCGUGCCGUGAGAUGCUCCUUCAAGGAAACGACACGCUGGAAUCGUCCAAGAAGAUGGAGACCGAAGUGCUUAGCACCCUUUAUAGUGGAAAAGAUCUCAAGGAGGGAGUGCAGGCUUUUCUUCAGAAACGAGCGCCAAAUUUUCCGGCAACUCUGGAGCAUGACUUGCCCCGGGGUCUACCGCGUUCGAAGAUCUAGUUUCGAUGAUGCCAGAGCUCUUGUGGGAUAAUGACCAAGUGGCUGUGAGUGACCUGGAUGACCUUUUGAGAAAUGUGAAGGACUUUGGCGGGGAUGAAAUCAAUUGUUGCAUUUUUAUCAGCAGCCAAUUUGGCUGCUCAUACUCAUGUCGGCUAUGCAAUGGAUUUUAGCGGCAGUGGAAUGAAUAAUGGACGUGUGCUGGACAUGACAAUUCAUCAAAAUGAAAUCACAGGGCGUCUUGUCUUUUAUAUGCGCUGUGCGGUG